GCAUUUUGGCCGAGGACUCUGGAUUUAAUCUGCCCCCUGGAGGCGGAAUUGUUUUAAGAGAGCGCAGCUUGACUAUAAUGAGCCAACAACGUCGCAACUUGGUUAGGCAGCUCACCAAGUCGGCCAAUGUGGUUUUGGUCGGACUGUUGGUCUACAACUUGUGGCGUCACAAAUGGACCAAAGUAAAUUUCAAUCAGCAUCGGUUUUGAUUGAUUUUAGGCAAAAUGAUUCCCCAGGCAAUUUCUGUGUGUAUGUGCUGAUUGAUUGAUUGAUUAAUUAAUGAAUCGAACAUCAGCUUAAAUGUCAUUAACAGUUGGCCAGGAUUAACGACUUCUGAAUGUGGCCGAUGGGAUUUGCAAAUUUAAUUUCCUCUAACAGUGGAUCUGCGUAGUGGCGAGAAAAGUUCGGGGGAAAAGCGGUGAUAGAUGGGUUUUUCUUUUUGAUUGGGAUACAAUGCGGAACUGAUUUCCAAGUGACUGGCUUGAUUCGGAUAAAUCUCAUAUUGUUAAAAAUUAUAGUCCUUGAUAAAGUCAAUAAAUUUAAAUGAG